GGUGGUGCCUGACGCUGAGCGCGCUAUCAAAUGGGGAAACUGAGGCACAGCACGGGGACAACUCGCCCACGGCUGUUCGGCAGCUCCGGGUCGCGGCCGUCCCCAUUCCCCUUCUCCCAGCUCCUUCCCAAAGCAUCUACCAGGGGCCCCAACCCCAUCCCAGUGUAGGGGGGAGGGGCACCCCCCUCUCGCUGCCUCAGUUUCCCCGCAGCUCCCGAUGGCCGGCCCCUCUCCUCUCCUCUCCCCCUUCUCCUCUCCUCUCCUCCUCCGUCAAUGGGGCCCUGUUCGCCGCCGUGCCCCCCGCUCGCCGCCGGCCCCCUCCUCCUCCCCGGCCCCUCUCAGCCGUUGCCUUUUCUUCACCCGCACAAUCGAAGGCAUUUAUGCCGCCGGAGGCUCGGGUUACCCCGACUGCGCUGGGCACCCGCUCGCUGUCACCGCUGAGCGCCGGGGGACGGUGACACCGGAGCCCCCCAGCUGGGUUACAGCCACCAGGGUCAAUGGCACGGAGCUCCGGAGGGUCCCCGCACCCCGAAUCCCAAUGGGAGAACGGCUGCAUGGCAACAGGAGGAGAUGGGCAGCGCUGGGGGGGGAAGGGGGGGAUUCUCAGGUGGGGGCGAGGUGAUGUCGCUUUUCUCGGGUGUCCCCCCCCAAAUCCUCCGGUCAGAAAACUCCAUGGGGAUGCCAUGAUUUGGAGAUUUGUGCCCCGUUGUGAGAUUUUUUGGGGGAAAAGGGGGGGGGACUUUGCACUGUUUUGGGGUUUUCCUCUCCCAGAGACCAAAAGUCUCCAGGGGAGGGGGGCACAAAGCCACUGGGGGGGGGUUGGGAACUGAGGCUAUGUGAGAGGUCCCAGUGGCCCCUAAAGCUGCAGGUAAAUGGAGAGCUCUCCUGGGAGGGGGGGAGGGGGGGGUCACCAUUCAGCACAGGUGAUGAAAGCCUCCAACAGCCGCCUGGGGGGAGAUGGCAUUAAUGACUGCAAUUAAAUUGUUAACAGCUUUUUUAAAAAUCGCCCAGACACCCACACCUACAAAAAUUAAAAAUAGGUCAAAUCCAGGCUGGCUCCCAGGGGACGGGGUCCCUUGUCCUGGUGGUGAUGGGGUGGGGGCACGACGCAGCUCCAGCAGCAGCCAGAGGGGGGGAUGUGGGAGAGCUGUGGCUCAGGGACCCCACGGUGUCACCUUCGGCCACCCCUGGGGGCUGUGACACCACGCUCAGGACCCCUGCAGUCAGCUCCUGCCCAGGGUCUGUGCUGUAGCAGCGUUGGGUUGGGUGUCCCCCGAGCUGAGCGGGAUGGGGACAGUGCCAGCUCUCAGCUGGGACAUGAGCACGAGGGUGGAACUGGGUCUUAUCCAGCAGCUCCGUCACCGCGGAGGGGAUGGGGAUGGGGACGAGGCCCCUGUGUCACUCCCAGGGACUGGGUCAGGUCUCAGCACUGGAGCAGCUGUGGUGCCCGUGUCCCCUGUCCCCCCCUGCAAUGUCACCCGCCCUCAGUCCCUGCAGCGCACGCGACAAGAGGAAGGCGACGGUUCGAUGGCACCCGCGUCCCCGCUCGCUGCCCUCACCAGAUUGAGAAUCAAUUAAAUCGCCUCCUGUUAAUUACCCAGUAGCCCUGCCCCACGCUGUGUCACCCACAGGCGCACAGCGGGGACGGCGCCAGUGCCCGGAACGCUGGGGGUUGGUGACAGCGGUGGCACUGGGACUGUGCUGCUGGGGAGGGGGGGGGGGGGAGGGGGUAUGUGGGGCUGAUUCCCGCACCACCACUUUCCCAUUGAUCCUCUGAGACUGCACGAUUGCAUUUUGGACAGGGAGAAGGCAAGUGGCAGCUGCAGGGCUGCAAUGGGGGAUCUUCCCUUCUGCGGGGUGGCCGUGCUCCCCGUGUCCCUGCCUGCAUGUCCCCAUGUCCUCGUCCCCAUCUCCAUCCCCCUGCAGCCAUCCUGCAGCCAGGAGCACGGCUUGCACCCAGGUUGCACCCAGUUUGUACCCAGUUUGUACCCAGUAGUUCCAGCACGGAGCUGUGCAGGCGCUGGGAGCGGCUCGAGGAGGGUGCGGGGGCUGCUUUUCCCAGCAUAUUUGGAAUUCUUCACCCGGGGAAGGACUCACUUCCCCCCUCUCCCAGGCACACACCCCUGGUCCCACACCGCUGGCUGCUGGCACCGGCCCAGCCCCCUGCAUCCUCAACUCUCACCCUCCAAUUCAGGGGUCCCCCCCAAGGACCCCCAGCCCCAGCGAGGCACCCCGUGAGCACUGUCAAUGGGUUUGGGGUGCAGGUGGGAGCAAGGCCCCAGGCAUAGAGGGGGGGAAGCCAGCUGCUGCCCCCUCCCACCUCUCCCCCAUCCACAGGUGCUGUGGGCGCCUGCCUGCACCAGGGGAGACAAUGUGGCCCCCCCUCGUCCUGCUGCUCCUGCUCGCAGCGGAGAGGACGGCUCACGGCACCUUCCCCGAGGAGCCCAGCCCCAUCGCCGUGGCAAACGAGGACUAUGUGAAGCACUACGCUGUGUUCGUGGGCCAUGGCAGCAGCCAGGGUGGUGGCACCGAGCGCCUCAACAUCCAGCGCAUCCUCAAGGUCAACCGGACCCUCUUCGUCGGAGACAGGGACAACGUGUAUCGUGUGAGCCUGGAGCCCACUGCUGGCAGUGAGAUGCGCUAUCACCGGAAGCUGACGUGGAGGUCGAACCAGCACGACAUCAGCAUCUGCCGGAUGAAGGGGAAACACGAGGCAGAGUGCCGAAACUUCAUCAAGGUGAUGCUGGUGAGGAACCAGAACCUGCUCUUUGUGUGCGGCACCAACGCCUUCAACCCCGUCUGCGCCAACUACAGCAUGGACACGCUGGAGCCCGUUGGGGACAAUAUCAGCGGCAUGGCGCGGUGUCCCUAUGACCCCAAGCACGCCAACGUGGCACUGUUCACAGGGGGGAUGCUCUUCACGGCCACGGUGACGGAUUUCCUGGCCAUCGACGCCGUCAUCUACCGCAGCCUGGGGGACAGCCCGACCCUGCGCACCGUCAAACACGACUCCAAGUGGUUCAAAGAGCCCUACUUCGUGCACGCGGUGGAGUGGAGGAGCCACGUCUACUUCUUCUUCCGGGAGAUCGCCAUGGAGUUCAACUACCUGGAGAAGGUGGUGGUGUCCCGAGUGGCUCGGGUGUGCAAGAACGACAUGGGGGGGUCGCAGAGGGUGCUGGAGAAGCAGUGGACGUCCUUCCUCAAGGCUCGGCUCAACUGCUCGGUGCCGGGCGAUUCGCACUUCUAUUUCAACGUCAUCCACGCCGUGACGGACAUCUUGGAGCUCAACGGGCGCCCCGUGGUGCUCGCCGUCUUCUCCACGCCCACCAACAGCAUCCCUGGCUCGGCCGUGUGUGCCUUCGACAUGACCCAAGUGGCCGCUGUCUUCGAGGGACGUUUCCGGGAGCAGAAGUCGCCCGAGUCCAUUUGGACGCCCGUACCCGAGGACAUGGUGCCAAAACCCCGACCCGGGUGCUGCGCGGCCCCGGGGAUGCGCUACAAUUCCUCCAGCACCUUCCCCGAUGAGAUCCUCACCUUCGUGAAGACGCACCCGCUGAUGGACGAAGCGGUGCCGUCCCUGGGCAACGCGCCCUGGAUUGUCCGCACAAUGAGCCGGUACCAGCUCCGCAAGAUUGUGGUAGACAAUGCGGCAGGACCAUGGGGCAACCACACCGUGGUCUUCCUGGGCUCCAGCACGGGCACCAUCCUCAAGUUCCUCAUCCAUCCCAAUGCCACCAGCAGCCCCGCACCUGCACCCCCUGGCAGCCAGAGCGUCUUCCUGGAGGAGUUUGAGACCUACCAGCCUGGGAGAUGUGGCCGGGACACAGAGGACGAGCGGAGACUCCUGGGCCUGGAGCUGGACAAGGCAGCUGGGUCUCUGCUGCUGGCCUUCCCCCCCUGCGUGGCCAGGGUGCCCGUGGCCCGCUGCCAGCAGCACUCGGGCUGCAUAAAGAACUGCCUUGGGAGCCGGGACCCGUACUGUGGCUGGACACCCGAGGGCUCCUGUGUCUUCCUGGAGCCCAGCCCCAGGACAGCUUUCGAGCAGGACAUCUCUGGUGGCAGCACGUCACACCUGGGCGAGUGCGAGGGGCUGGUGACGGAGAGCUUCGUGGACGAGCCGGACGGGCUGGUGUCGGUGAACCUGCUGGUCAUCUCCUCGGUGGCCGCCUUCGUCAUCGGCGCCGUUAUCUCCGGCUUCAGCGUCUGCUGGUUCAUCGGCCACCGGGACCGCAAGGAGCUGGCGCGGCGCAAGGACAAGGAGACCAUCCUGGCACACAGCGAGUCGGUGGUGAGCGUCAGCCGGUUGGGCGAGCGGCGAGCACGGGGCGGGCAGCCCGGCGCGCUGCUGGCCCCGCUGAUGCCCAACGGCUGGCCCAAGGAGCUGGGCAAGGCGAGCCAACACGACCUGGACUCGGGCGUCCUGCCUACACCGGAGCAAACCCCGCUGCAGCAGAAGCGCUGCCCCGGUGCCCUCCAGAACUGCACCUGGGAGCAGAGUCACAACAUCAUCAACGCCGCGCUGCGGGACCCUGGUGCCAGCGGCACGCGGCUGCACGCCGGCGCCGGCCGCUCUGCCCGCGGCAUGCCCCUCUCCUGCCACGCCAUCCUGGUGGACCAGGAGCUGGAGGCCGAACUCAGCGACUCCUCAGGUGACGGGCACUGGGGACGGGACCACCACGAGGGUCCCCGCGCCAGGCAGCACCCCCCAGCCGGCGCUCGCCGCCCGCCCCGGAGCUCCUACGGCGACUUUGGGGGCACCCCGCGCCCCAGCCCCGACCGCCGGCGCGUGGUUUCGGCGCCUGGUGGGGAAGGGGGGGACUUUGUGGAGGGGCCGCCGUGGCACCCCGAGCAGCUGAACUUCAACGCCAACAACGGCACCCAGCGCCCCGGUGCCCACCUCAAGAGGAACCACACAUUUAACAGCGGCGAAGCGCCGGCGGGCGGCUACGGGCAGCACGGCACGGCCCCGCGGGCACCCGGUGCGGGGCCCCCCCGGGCGCUCACGGACCUGCACCACCUCCUGCGCUAUGGCAUGGAGCGGACUCCCUCGGGCAAAUAGGAGCCCACCGCCCGGCUCGGCACCCGUGGGCGCUGCCACUAUGGACACUUUUCCUCCGCCGUGCCGUGGCACAGUGGCCCAGCUCCAUGGGGAUGGGGACGGGGCUGAGAUGCUGCAUGGGGGAUUGGCAGCCCUUGGGUUCCCAUGGGAAAGGUUUGAGGUUUUCCCCUCCUGCCCCCGGAGCCGCACAGGUCCCUGCUGUCCCCGGCUGGCACGGGGCAGUGCCCCGUGCUCUGGCUGCUUUGCACAGGCUCUGGGUGUCCGUCUGUCCGGUCCCUUCCCCAGGCUGGACCCAGGGGCUGCUGCGCCCUGGGCGGGACUCCCUGGGAAGCAGCAGGAUGGACACACGGACACGGGCACAGCUGGCACAAGGCAAAGCAGCAUCCUCUGCCCAGAGCCCCUCAGCCCCAUUGGCUGUGCCUGAGCAUCUUUAGGUAUGUGGGUGGUGCCAGCACCCUGGGGACACCCAGCCAGGACAGCACCGAGCAGGGGAUGCCAUCAGGGUGCAUCAUCUGCCAGGAACUGGGCAAAACCUCCACUACCCCCGCCUGGUGCCAACGGGGAGCGGUCAUCUGUCCCCCAGCACCUCCCCCCCCCCCCCCCAAGAUCCCAGCACUCCGCUCCCCUCUCCUUGAAAGCACAGCUGGGCACUGGGGUGCAGGGGGCCGGGGGUCCCACCAAACCCACUCUCUGCUGGCAAAGGGUGCCCUUUCGGUGCCACCCCUGCCCCAGUUGCAGGAGGCACAGGGGGCAGUAGGGCUCUGCAGGACCGCAGGGCUGGGUGCAGGGCUGCGGGCGCUGUGGGUGCUCUGCACCCUAGCUGCAGGGCGGAGGGCGACUGGUCCCACGCUGUAAAUAGGGUGCCGGGGCACUGCGGGCACCCCAUCGCCCCGGGGCCGUUCAUGCAUGCGACAGCGGUAACGUCUCUGUAUAACCCCGGAGCCCCGCAAUAAACUUCUGUUUACAAGAGGUGGUUCCUCCCCACCACCGCCUCC